CGCUUGCCUUGCACACCUUCUGAACGUCCCCCCACAUCAACUUUGUGGCACCCGACUCGGGGCUUGCCUACGCAUCGGCUGCUGCCAGCGUCAAGCUUGGGCUGCGCUUUGCGAUCUUCUCCACAGAGUCUGGAAAGCUCGCUGUGCUUACCCAGAAACCCCCCUCCCCCCUAGGGACAGCACAUACAUCCAUUGUAUUCGCGCGUGUACGCUGCUGUGCAGGACUCGCCUUGGCCCUACAAAGUCUCCGCGUAGCUUCGCUUGCUUGCUGCCUUGCCUGCCUGCCUGUACCUGUCUGCCUGCCUGCCUGCCUAUAUCUGUGCUCGGCUGGGUGGAUGAAUCGUCGGAUUCUUGCAGCCUCCCAAGUCAUAUUUGCUUCAGGCAGCCAGAACGCACACCCACCAUAGCGAGCAAUCCUUUAUCCCACUCGCUUCUCCGCAUCCUCUCGCAGGCAGAACGACACGUUCGGGCAAGAUGGCUGCUGCAACGCACCCGUCCGACAGCGGAAGCAAGAUAAUCCAGCUCCCCCCGCGCUCCGAAUGGCGCUUUGAGCUGGAAAGAGGCGAGCGCAUCGCCAUACGCCUCCUCGGGCCCUACCAGGGCGGCGGCGCGAGCAGCAGCAGCAGUAAACCAGAUGCCGACAUCUUUGGCGCUGAGAUUGCACAGGGCGAGGACAGGUGGUACACCUUCGGAGAUGAGGCAAAAGGAGCUGUCACCAGCUGGAAUGGCGCGGCGCUAGAGAUGAUAGGCUCCGUGUCAACAGACUACGUCGCCGACGAGCCUUCACCAGCUUUCUCCGCGUACGCGAACCUGCAUCUGCUGCUGGAGAAACGGCGGCUCGGCGCGCGCGCGGAGCUGCGAGCCAACGACGCCUCUCUUGCGGCGGCACUGGCCGAGGAGGAGCUGCAGCGACUCAGCGGCAAGCGCCCAACAAGCGUACUGCAGGACAGGGAUGGACUUGCGUCGGAAGCCCACACCGAGGAAGGCAAGCCGGCGGCCGCAGUGGAGGGGGGCGCGGCGGGAGCGAGUGCCUACAGGCCCGAGGGCCAAGGUCCGCGCGUGAUGGUCGUCGGCGGUGAGCCGGCAGGCAAGACGUCACUCGUUAAGCUUCUCGCCAACCUCGCGCUGCGCAGUCCGGCGGUGUGUGACAUUGGGAGAAAAAGAAAGCAGGACGGGAAAGAGAACGGCGCGCUGGGCGGCGGGGGCGGGGGCGCAUCUAGGCAAGAGGAUGAGCAUGCCAAGCAAGAGGCAGAGGACAGGCAGAUCACAGGAUGGUGGCCAGUUAUCGUCAAUCUUGACCCAUCAGAAGGCGCACCGCCUCUGCCGGCAACACUGUCCGCCAUUCCUCUUCAACCAAUUCCACUCCCCCUUCUUCCCUCUGCGUCCCCCGCUCUUCCCUUUGGCACGUUCCCGCAAACGACGGGCUACCUCCAGUCGGGCUCAGCGACCGCGCAGGCUGUAUCGCCGUUGGUGCUAUGGCUUGGCCGCACGUCGCUGCGCGAGAAUGAGCUGCAUGCGCGGCGGCUGAUCGAACAUCUCGCUGAGGGUACUGAGCGCAGGCUCGCGCGGGAUCCCAGAGCACGCAUGAGUGGCCUUCUCAUCGACAUGCCCGGCGUCACGACCGCGGACGGGAGAAACAAGUAUUCACUGCUGCAGCACACCAUUCGGACGUUCAAGGUCGAUAUUGUCGUUGUGUUAGGCCACGAAAAGCUCAAUAUCGAGCUGAGCCGCGCGUUCCCCGCUGGCUCUUCGGGUGUCUCGAUCGUCAAGCUGCCCAAGUCUGAAGGCGUCGUCGAGCUCGACGAAACGUACAAAGAGCGUUUGCGCAGAGCGCAAGUGCGCAACUACUUUUACGGCGGCGGAGGCUCUGAAGCUGAUCGCACGGCCUUCAAGAGUGCAGAGUACGGCGCUACUGGCAUCGGCGGCAAGCUCGGCGAGCCGCUUGGCGGCGUGCCGGUUCUCAACGCAUUCUCGACUUCGAUCCCGCUCGACCUGCUCGAGGUGUACCGUAUUGGGCAGGAGAGCAUGGCGCCGACAUCAGCGCUGCCGAUCGGCGCCUCGCGCAGCGUCACCGCCGCGCAGCUUGUCAAGCUCGAUCAGCUCAACUCGACCAUGGACCAGAGCAGCCUGCUGCACGCUGUUCUCGCGCUCGUCCAGCCCCCGCGCGGAGGCGGCGGUCCCGGGAAGGCGGAUAGCGAGGUGGAGCCGCCGCCGGAGGACGAUGAGAUCCUUGGCGCGCAGGUGCUGGGCUUCUUGCAUGUCGCCGACAUCGAUGCUCAGAGGAAGAAGAUGACCGUGCUCUCUCCUUUGCCUGGAAAGCUGCCCAGCAAGACGGCGCUGCUCGGAACGAUUGAUUGGCAGGACGUAUGAGGGCCUUCCGUGUCGUGAGGGAGCCCAUUGGUCGUCCGGAAUUUCACGGCCGUUGCAAAGGCCGUGCGGCAUGCAACACAACAUGUACUAUUGCACCAUUUGGUCAUAGCACUCUCAACGAGGCACAUGAGGCGUUU